AUGUCCAUGCCAAAAGCCCCAAACAACGAAGCAGAGGAGUGCAUCGAAGACAUAACAUUCGUAGAUGUACCCGGAGCACUGAACCUAGGCAAUGAUCCCGAGGACUACUUCACCCCGGGGGAUGACAGCGAAGGCCGAGCUGAUAUCAAAGAUGAAGACAUCGAUUAUCUUGGUGACAUGGACGAUGGUUAG